CCACAAAAUAUACUGAUAAAGAUAAUGGUGGGAUGCUUGUAUGGUCUCCAUAUCAUAAUAUUCCAGAUGCCAAGCUGGAUGAAUAUAUAGCAAUAGCAAAGGAAAAACAUGGAUACAAUGUGGAACAGGCGCUCGGCAUGUUGUUCUGGCAUAAGCACAAUAUUGAGAAGUCCCUUGCGGAUCUCCCUAACUUCACUCCUUUCCCUGAUGAAUGGACAGUUGAAGAUAAAGUUCUAUUUGAACAAGCAUUUAGCUUCCAUGGAAAGAGCUUUCACAGGAUCCAGCAAAUGCUUCCAGACAAGACUAUUGCAAGCCUUGUAAAAUAUUACUAUUCUUGGAAAAAGACUCGCUCCAGGACAAGUUUGAUGGAUCGGCAGGCUCGAAAACUAGCUAAUAGAAAUAAUCAAGGUGACAGUGAUGAUGACUUAGAAGAAGCUCAUCCAAUGGAUGGAAAUGAUAGUGAUUAUGAUCCCAAAAAAGAAGCCAAAAAGGAGGGCAAUAAUGAGCAGCCUGUUCAGACCAGCAAAAUAGGUCUGGGUAGAAGAGAGUAUCAGAGCUUGCAGCAUCGCCACCAUUCACAGCGUUCCAAAUGCCGUCCACCAAAAGGCAUGUACCUGACCCAGGAAGAUGUGAUAGCUGUUUCCUGUAGUCCCAAUGCAGCCAACACAAUUCUUAGACAGCUGGAUAUGGAACUAAUCUCAUUAAAGCGACAGGUUCAAAAUGCUAAGCAAGUAAACAGUGCACUUAAACAGAAAAUGGAAGGCGGGAUUGAAGAAUUCAAACCUCCUGAGUCUAAUCAGAAAAUCAAUGCCCGUUGGACCACAGAAGAGCAGCUUCUGGCAGUACAAGGUGUCCGAAAAUAUGGUAAAGAUUUUCAAGCUAUUGCAGAUGUAAUUGGCAACAAGACUGUUGGCCAAGUGAAGAACUUCUUUGUAAACUACAGGCGUCGGUUUAACUUAGAGGAGGUAUUGCAGGAAUGGGAAGCGGAACAAGGAACCCUGGCUUCUAAUGGUGAUGCUUCUGCUUUAGGGGAGGACACAAAAAAUACUUCUAAUGUGCCAUCAGGAAAGAGCACUGAUGAAGAAGAUGAGGCAAAAAGCACUCCGGCCACUCAGUGUUUAGGCCCUUCACCUCCAGCACAGGCAUCUGCUCCAGCACCCCCUCCCAUGGCAACUUUAAAUCAGCCGCCCCCGUUACUUCGUCCAGCGCUUCCUGCUGCUCCUGCUCUUCAUCGUCAGCCUCCACCGCUUCAACAGCAGGCACGAUUUAUUCAGCCAAGGCCGACGCUAAAUCAGCCUCCCCCACCACUCAUCCGCCCAGCUAAUUCCAUGCCUCCUCGUCUAAACCCAAGGCCAGUGUUAACCACGGUUAGCGGCCAGCAGCCACCCUCGCUUAUUGGAAUUCAGACAGAAUCUCAGUCCACUCUGCACUGAAGAAAUAAAACAGAAUUAUGUUAACUCCUACAUUUGAAAAAUUGUAUCAAUGUACUUUUUUUUUUUUCCAAAUAAUGAAGGGGAGAAGAGAGCAAGCCUUCACAGGUAUCAGACCAGUUUUACAGAGGAGCAAGCUAAGAACGAGAAAUGGAACCACAUGAAUGACCACCUGUAUAAAAAUAUUUUUAUUUCAAAGACAUGUACAGCAGAGCAAUGCCUACAAUACAACCCUCCUCUAUAUGGAUAACUGUUGAAGGAAGCUAACUUCUUCAAUGAAUAAAUGUUCAACACACCAAGAUUUUGUUUAACUGAUUUUUUACUCUAUUUAUUUUAUUACAGUUCUUUGUAGUCAAGCAUCUAACUACAGGAAAGUAGUCUGGCAAAUCUAGGAAUAGAUAAUAUUGUAGGAGACUUAAAUGUAGCGUUGGGGUUUUUGGUGUGUGUGAAUUUUUUUUUUUUACUUUUUAGUGAAAAAAAAAAAAAAAGGCCUUAGGUUCAGAGUUUUUGGUCCUGUUUAGGUAACUGUAGAAGCAUUUCAUGCAGUUGUAAAAUGUAGGUGUUUCUUCUCUUCAUGU